UUCAGUUUUAGAAAUUAUCACUGCAAUGCAAUCAAAAUAUAAUUAUAUUAGUAACCUAAAAGUUUUGUUAUGAAAAUAAAUUAAUAUAAUUAGUUGACAUUUAUUUACUUCAUUAAUUAUAUAAAUUAUACGUAACUAUCUGUGGUAUAAUGUUAUCCAUAAAGAGAUUACCAACGUUGUCGGCGUCUAAGAUACAUUCUAAAUUACAUUUUGAUUUGCUUAGUUCCUGUAAUGAGAAACGUAUUGAAAAAUUGUGCAAUUCUAAAUUGUUAAAUUUGUGUAGAUCUUUCUCAGUAUUGCAUAAUAUAACAUAUCGGUCAAAAAAUCCGUAUUUACGUCACUUCAAUGCUGAGUACAAAGCAGUAUGCACAUUGUUGAAGAGAUCAAAUUUACCGAAAAUAGAUAUUUUUGCUAAUAACAAAUUACAAAAGUGCAGUCUCCACACAAGCUCACCUAGACCUAAUCAAAAUGAGGAUAAAGACAAGGAUAAAAAGGAUAAGAAAAAAGAAGACAUUGAGAAUAAUGUUCCUUCAUUGCUUAUGAAAGCAGCUUUUUGGAUGCUCACAACAUGCAUACUGGUGAUAGCAAGUACACUGUUAGUUCCGGGGGACAACACACAGAAUGAGCUCAUACGCUAUGUUUCGUGGAAUGAAUUUGUAUACUCAAUGCUCUCCAAAGGUGAAGUGGAUGAGUUGAUUGUUAGACCUGACAUGGAAGUGGUCACAAUCAUAUUACAUGAAGGCGCUGUUGUUAAAGGGAAACGGACCACACAUCGAGUUUACCACAUGAAUGUCGGGGAUAUUCAUCGCUUCGAAGAGAAAUUACGAGAAAUAGAAAAAAAUUUAGGUGUCAAAGAAGGUGUCCGAGUGAUCUACGACAGAAAUGGUAGUGUUGCCGGCAAAGUUUUUACUACUCUGCUUAUUGCUGCUGUAAUUCUUUCUUUCCUAUAUUCAACAAAGUCGAUGAAAAUGAACAUCAACAUUGGUGGCAUUAGCCAACUUGGUCGUGCUAAGUUUACCCUGGUGGACUCAAUGAGUGGACAGGGCAAAGGCGUAAAGUUUGAAGACGUGGCUGGUCUGCGUGAGGCGAAGGUUGAAGUCAUGGAGUUCGUUGACUACCUGAAGCGACCGGAACAUUAUAAAAGUUUAGGCGCAAAGGUACCGAAAGGUGCGUUACUGCUGGGUCCGCCGGGGUGUGGGAAAACGUUACUGGCGAAAGCUGUGGCCACUGAAGCUAAUGUGCCGUUCCUGUCCAUGAACGGGUCGGAGUUCAUCGAAAUGAUCGGUGGAUUGGGUGCCGCUAGAGUUAGGGAUUUAUUCAAAGAAGCCAGUUCGAGAGCACCAUGCAUCAUAUAUAUCGACGAGAUGGACGCAGUAGGACGCGCGAGAUCAUCGGGGCCCGCGAACUUCGGUCCCGGUGGUGGAGAAGGAGAACAGACUCUUAACCAACUGCUGGUUGAAAUGGACGGCAUGAAGAGCAGAGAAGGUGUUGUCGUGCUAGCCUCCACUAAUAGAGCUGAUGUGCUCGACAAGGCGCUGCUGCGGCCGGGCCGGUUCGACAGGCACAUUCUCAUUGACCUGCCCACCCUUAUAGAGCGAGAGGAGAUAUUUGAACGACACCUCAAGAACAUUGUGCUCGAGAAAUUACCCGAUUACUAUGUCAAAAGGUUGGCGUAUCUGACUCCGGGGUUCAGCGGGGCAGAUAUUGCGAACGUCUGCAAUGAAGCCGCUCUGCACGCGGCCAGGUUCAAACAGAAUAUUGUGAGAGCGACCGAUCUAGAGUAUGCAGUCGAGAGGGUUGUAGGUGGAACAGAAAAGCGUAGUCACGCGAUGUCACCAUCCGAGAAGAGGAUUGUGGCGUACCACGAGUCUGGGCACGCGCUCGUCGGCUGGUUGCUUGAGCACACGGACGCGCUGUUGAAGGUCACCAUCGUGCCGCGCACCAACAUGGCGCUCGGGUUCGCUCAGUAUACCACGUCCGACCAGAAGCUAUAUUCUAAAGAAGAGUUAUUCGACCGUAUGUGCAUGGCGCUGGGUGGUCGGGCUGCGGAGGCGAUCACAUUCAAUUCUAUCACCAGCGGGGCACAGAACGAUCUGGAGAAAGUUACCAAGAUUGCCUAUGCUCAGGUACGCGUGUACGGCAUGUCGCCGACGGUCGGCCUCGUAUCCUUCCCUGAUUUGAAGGAACGCGGCAAGAGUCCGUUCAGCAAAACACUGAAGAACCUCAUCGAUCUAGAGUCAAGGAAACUGAUCGCCAGCGCGUAUUACCGCACCGAAAACAUUCUCAAAACCAAUCAGGACAAACUGAGAGCUCUUGCAGAAGAGUUAUUGAAAAGAGAAACCCUCAAUUUUCAACAAGUGCAGGAUAUAUUGGGCCCACCGCCAUUCCCAAGGAAGAAGUUUAUAGACCCUGUGGAGUUUGAGAACAGUUUAAGGAAUAUGGAGAAAGAUGCGACAGUAGAAGAUAGCACACCGAUCGGGUCACCGUCGGCCAAGCCAGACUCGCAACCGGGCGCACAGUUUGUGUGAAUGUAACAUUCAUUCGUUCAUAAGUUAUGAGCCGUGCUCUUGUAAUUUUUUCCAUCAAUUCCUUUAGUUGUUCCUGUCGUAGUUGAUACGACUCCAAUUUUUCUUUGAUAUAGCAAUAGAAUGUAACAAACUGUACGCAUAAUAACCAAUUUAGAGCAAGCGUUCAGAAUUAGAGACAAUGUAUUACAUAUAUUAUGCAAUUACUAGCGAAACACGCACUGUAGCUCAGUAAUUCAAAUAUGGCAGAUUAAAAAAAAUAAACCAAUGAAAUUGGUAGCAUUAAACUCUUCAGGAACCCGCUCUGCGCCGCAUCUUUCUGUAUUGUCUUGCGCUAUUACAAAACAUUGUCUUUCGAUGUUUUUCUCUUCGCUGUAAAUACAUUGUAGUAAUAAAUCUAAUCCUAAAUAAAUUUAUGAAGCUGUUGAUGUUUCUUAUUAACUUAUAUUAAAGUUUUUACCAUAGAGUAAAAUAUAAAACAUAUACAUUUUUUGUUGUUGUUAGUCUUUAUUAUAUUUAUGAUUAUAAAUACAUAUGAUGCUAUAGAAUAUAAUUUGUUGUAAAUGUAUUUCUACAUGUACCAAGAUA